AUGAAAGUGAAUGUGGAUGCUCAUAUUAGAAAUGCGACUACUGCAGGCUUGGGAGUGGCUGUGCGUGAUCACCAGGGCAGACUAAUUGUGACAGCUACAAAGCACAUCCAUCAUGCUCCACCAGAAUGGGCUGAGGCGCAAGCUGUGAGGUAUGGGCUAGGGGUGGCGAGGAGGUUGGGAUUCAGGAGGGUUUGUGUGGAGUCUGACUCCUUAAAUGUGAUAAAGGCGAUUUCAUGCCCAAGCAAUGGUAGGUCUCCUAUAUAUUCUGUAUAUGAGGAUAUUUCGGUUGAUAGAGCAUACUUUGAUGCGUGUACUUUUUCUCAUACAAAGAGGAACGGUAAUACGCUAGCACACUUUGUAGCCCGUUGUAAUGUUGGGGAUGGUCUGGAAACUAUUCGUUUUCCUCCGUUCUCCGAAAGUGUAGAAACACUGGUUGCUUUGUAA